AGUUGUUAAAGUUUUAGAUGGAGCUGCAAUGGUUCCGAUUCCUAGUGAGGAGGUUAUGACGGUUGGACAGGCCCCCAAUCAAUUCAUUCAAUGGCCACGAAGAUUGGUGAAUCCUGAAAAUGAGGAGAAUGAUGAUGUUGAGGACCGGGAUUUUGCUAAAGAUAAUCACAAGGAUUCAAUAUCGCGUUUGUUGGCUAUGACUAAACACCUUGGACUGCAGCCUAUAGAGUUGAUCCUAAAAGGAGACAUCAUUGGUCGAGCCGAUAUAUCUCUUUAUCUAGGUUCUGAAGAGAUAUUGGAGAUAUGUUUGGGAAAUCAAUUGCUUAGUGCAGUGAUUCUACAAGUAUGGAUCAUGUAUUUGCAUAGAGUGUGUGUUCAAAAGAACACCACACAUCAGUAUGGUUUUUUUGACCCGCAUAGCAUUCAAGAUGUGGGUAACAAGAGUGGUGAUGUGCAGACAUAUAUAUUAGCUAACCUUGGUGGAAAUAAAGAGUGUUACUUGUUGCCAUAUUACUAUCCAAACCAUUGGCAGCUAUUUGUGUUGUGUCCGAGGCAGAAUGUAAUUGUCUUUUUGUGCUCAUUGGGGAAUAAGCCGAAGAAGAACAUGAGAAGUCUUUUGGAUAUGGCCAUGCAAGCACAUCAAAUGACCAAAAAUAAAAGGAAUUCCAAACCGAAAUGGGUCCAACCAAUGUCUCGAAUGCAAAGGGGAUGUUAUGAAUGUGGAUAUUAUGUUAUGAAACAUAUGGCUACUAUUGUUUCUGCGGGUAUUAUUGAUUCAUGGCUAAAGGCAUUCAACGUCCAAGAUGCAUUCACGGAUGAAGAAAUUAACGAGACACGAGAGCAAUGGGCAGCGUUUUUCUGUGAAUGUACGGGCAUUUGAGCAAUGGGCAGUGCUUUCUGUGAACAAGGCGUUUGAGCAAUGGGUUUAUUUUAGUAUGAUGUAAACUCCAACAUAAUUUUUGUCAUAGUUUUGAAAACAUUUGAUUGUAUGUGUAAACUGUUAAGCUCAAGAGCAUUUUUUGUUUGAAACACAAGUUAUUUGUGAGGAUA